AUGGUCUCCCUCCUCGUCACCGUCUUCAUCAUCCAGCUAUUCUGCCACCUCGUCUUGACAAUCGGAUCCAAACCCAUCAACGACCUGUUAUGGCAAAUCUACUGCAGCCUACCGUUCGGAUCGUCGCGUGCCAUCCAAGAACAGAUCCGCCUGCGCCGUGAAGUGGUGCGCCUGAAGAGAGAGAUGAACGCAGUCAGUGCGCAGGACGAGUUCUCGAAAUGGGCGAAACUGCGGAGGCAGCAUGACAAAGCUCUGGAACUGUAUGAUAAACAAGCGGCCGCCGUGUCAUCAUCUCGAGCGUCCUUCGAUACCAAAGCCACGGCGAUCCGGUGGACAUGUACGAGCGGGCUGCGGUUCGCGUUGCAGUUCUGGCAUGCGAAGACGCCGGUCUUUACUUAUCCGCGCGGCUGGUUCCCUUGGUAUAUUGAAUGGGUGCUCGGGUUUCCCAGGUGUCCGUACGGCGGGGUCAGCAUCAAUGUCUGGAGCGUCGCUUGCGGAACGGUCAUCGCUUUGGUCUGGGAGGUGGCGGUCUACAUGGUACAAUACGUGCGUGGGACGAAAAUGGGCGCGGGCGUGGAGAAACAAAAGGCCAGAGUGCCAGUGCCAGUGCCGGCGGAGGAAAAGAAUAGAUGA